GGAAUCAAGCUCUUAGUACAUUGAAUGCUUGGAGACCGAUGACUAUCCCUAUGUCACAGUGGUUUCGACUCACUCAAUCAUAUGCACUUCAACAUACAGCGCAUGCUGCUUUCGCCUUUGCUUUUGCCUAUUCUUUGGGAGUGCUUGCAGGAUAUGUUUCGAGACACACACUUGCACACAGGGUGAGGACCUGCACAGGCUGCACAGAGAGCUCACAGAGAGUGAUGCAACCUGGGAGCUGCUGAUGUGAUGAAAAAUAAAGCCAAAGAAAAGCCAGCCAGUGAACUGAACAGGAGUGGGGACAUGGAGUAACAGUGUCUGACUAUACACAGCCACAGAUAGAGCUCAAUGUGUUGGCAUAUACCAUGGCGGAUUCUGUCUGACACAGUGUAAGGUACCCGGAGAUGUGCGAUUCCAGAUAGCGCUGUGUAAGCCAUUUCACAAAGGGCCCUAUAGCAGGUGCAUCGACAGUGUUGGAUUCACUGACUGUCACUGCAUGGAUGAAGACCGAUAGAUGGCAUUGGAUUCACAAAGCAAAGAGUGUCAGAUGAACACGUCCUAAAUAGCACUGGAUGCACCCUUACAGUUGGCAGUGGAUGAGCACGGACAGAUAGAAUUGGGAUCGGCUGAUACAGACGGAGAACGCUAGAGCUAGAUGAGCUACUGCAGAUAGCAGUGUAGAUCCACUGUUAGCGAGCUAGCGCAGGCAGGGAGUUGGAGUGGGAGGCAUAGCACCAUGAACCCCAGAGAGAGCGGAGGAGGAGUGGAGGACAUGGAGACCCAGGCGGGAGGGUUGGCGUUGGGGGAAGAGGGUGGCAAGGCCAGCCAUGGAGGAGAUGGAGAAGAGGGGGAAGAAGACAAGGCCUCAGCCUACGACUGCAACGUGUGUGGCCGCAGCUUCCCCUUCCAGAGCUCUCUGUCGCAGCACAUGCGGCGCCACACAGGUGCACGCCCCUACAAGUGUCCCUACUGCGACCACCGCGCCUCCCAGAAGGGCAACCUCAAGGUCCACAUCCGCAGCCACAAACUGCGCACACUCACUAGCCACCACCCCGAGGAGGAGGAGGGGCCAGAGGAGGAAGAGGAGGGUGAAGUGGGUGUGUCCGAGGGCCUGGACGGUGGAACCAGUCCGACGAAGAGCAGCUCGGCCUGUAACAGGGUCGUCAACGGAGACGCUAACACAGAAGAGGGCAUAGGGAAGACGGCGGUGAGGAGCGUCAAAAGGGAGAAGUCCAGCUCUGAGCAGCGGCCAUAUUGCUGCCGUCUGUGCGGGUACCAGACCCAGCGCGAGGACCAACUCCUCAGUCACAUCGAGAAGGUCCACAUCACAGCCGACAUGGAGGACGAGACUAACCCAGUGAGUCAGGAGGCAGUGGUGACGGAGGGAGAAGCAGGGACUCAGGUCACUGAUGGUGCCUUCCCCUGUGAGACGUGUGGCCAGGUGUUCACACAGGCCUGGUUCCUUAAGUCCCACAUGAAGAAACACGCAGGCCUCCUUGAGCACUGUUGUCGGGUGUGUGGCCGUCGCUUCAGGGAAGCCUGGUUCCUCAAGAGCCACAUGAAGACCCACAAUGGUUCCAAGGCCUCCGGCCGGGGGAAACCCAAGGCAGACUCUCAAGAGGCCGCGGCCACCAUCAACGACGUGACCCAAGACCCAGAGACCAAUGUGACCUCCACAAGCCUUUACCAGGUUUGCUCCAAGUGUGGCAACCUGUUUCAUGACCGAGAGAGCCUGAGGGCCCACGAGAAGGUCCACAACCAGGCUAAGCAGCCGACACAGGGCCAGAGACCUAGUGACGACGGGGACUCUCCCAGUGCCAAAAGGCGCCUCUUGGACUACCUCAGCCUCCGCCCAGCUGCCGAAGAAAAGCCCCAGGAAGAGAAGAGGCGCUUGGGCCAGAGAAUCCCCGAGCUGGACCCAGUUUGUAGCUACCAGGCCUGGCAGCUGGCUACUCGGGGCAGGGUUCUGGAGCCUGUGGAGUCAUACAGUAUAAAGGCUACGGUAGGUGGAGAAGGGGACGAGGCCCUGGCUGGAGGGACCGUGGUGUACGAGAAGGAGAGCAGCCGCUACAUCCUGGAGGGCCAGCAGAGGGAGAGACGCUCAGGGAGACGCAGCAGUGCCAGCGGGGGAGGGGGUAGUAGCCACCACACCUCCACGGGGGAGCGCACCCCCGAGAGCCUGAGCGACUCGGAGUACCGUCCCUCCUCCCGCCAGGGCCGACGUCCCUCGUCCUUCCAGCAAAGCCAGGCCAAGUCCACCGAGUGCUUCGAGUGCGGAAAGGUGUUCCGCAGCCACCACCAGAUGAUUGUGCACCAGCGGGUCCACCAGAGGCGAGACGGGGGCAGGGGUUCCGGGUCCGGAGGGGACAACAGGGCAGGGCAAGGAGUGGACCGCUGGGGAUCCACCAGUGACCCCGAAUCAGGCUCCCCCAGCAGGCCCAGCACCCCAGGGUACGAGAACUCACCACCAGCCUCCACCCUGGGAGAGGACGCCCCUGAGAUGAGCACCGCCAAUGCAGUCCAACUGGCAGAUGAGAAGCCUUACGUCUGCAGCCUGUGUGACUUUGUCAGCACAGAGUCCUCUGCCUUCCUGUCCCAUCUACGUCUCCAGCACACCUGUGACGGCCGCCCCAUUCCAAUUCCCAACCCCAGCUCCAGCUCUGAGAGAGGCACCCCCAGUAGCUUCCCCAAGCUGAAGAGGGCCCUCCUCGAUGGGCUUGCUCAAUCCUCUGCCCCCCACCCUUACCUCUCUGCCCGGCCGUCAAGAGACAAAUGCACCGCCGAGAGCAGUUCACCCACUGACCCUCACCAUGUUGCUCCUCUGGACCUGUGUGUGAGAGCCGAGGGCCACAGGGGCCCAGCCUCCUCAGUCCUUCAGCAGAAGGGCCUGCCCAGUCAUAAGUGCUCCUACUGCUCCCACUCCACCCACUACCUGGAGGUGCUGUGGAUGCACCAGACUGUCGCCCAUCGUAUCAACAGCAGCGCCCUGGCCCCCAAAUGGGCCCUCCUGAAGAAUGGCUUCAAGGGCCCCCGAGAGGGUUCGUCCUCCAGGAGACGCACGGGCCCUCCUCCUGCUCUGGAUGGGAGGGAGUGUCCCCCGUUGCCCCCUGUGGUGCGCACCCCCCGCACACGCCCCCCAUCGUUGAAUGGGGGCCAGAAGAAAGACGGCAGGGACAGGGCAGCCAGUCAACCCAGCACCUCUUCCUCCUCCACACAAGGAUCCUCUGCCUCAGGCUCCCAGAGUGUGCGGCCUCCCAGGGCAGGCAGCAGACAGAGAAGCGAGGCUGUGCCAGAUCAGGGCCAGCGCUCUCGCUCCAACUCCAGGCCCAGGGUGGAGAUCUACCCACGGGGAGGCUCCUCGACUGGCUCCCUGGAGAAGAGCACUGCGGCCGGGGCUCCCCAGCGACCCUCAGCCCCUAGCCCCAGUGUUGGAGGAACCACCAGGCUGGUGGAUAGGUACAUGUUGCCUCAGGAAGGCCUUGGAUUCAUGCUGUCCAGCAAACAUGGCCUGGCAGAGUACAGCAGAGCCAGGAGCUCGCCUCAGCCCCAGCCCAAGUCCAGCAGCUCCCAGUCCCACACCCAGUCUCACCCCCAGUCCCAGGGCAGACCCAGGGCAGAGCGCCCAGCCCACAACACCACCACGGCAGGCCAGGGCUACGGAGCCUCCCACUCCCAGACACAUGGGAGCGCCGUCCAGGUAUCCUCCGCCUCUUCCUCCUCCUCCUCCUCAGCCCAGCGUGCAGAGGUGAAACAGGAGGAGGCACGGAGGGUGGAGACACCAGAGCUGCCCAUGGACAUCUUGAGCUUCCUGAAGAACUGCAACUCCAAUGACCUGGCGACACUCUACCACCGCUGGGGCGCCGCGAACCCCCUACUGGACCCCACAGGGAUGCUGAGGUCUCUGGUUCGACAAGGGGAAUACGGCUGCCAAGAGUGUGGGAAGAGCUUCAGUCAGCCCAGUCACCUCCGCACACACAUGAGAUCCCACACAGUCGUGUUUGAUUAUAACGGACUCCGAGGUGCUGACGCUCAAACCAACCCCUCGGAAGCUCCCAAACAAGGGAGAGACCGUUCCGGUGCCGCCUCUGCCCGUACCGAGCCUCUCAGAAAGGGAACCUAAAGACCCAUGUCCAGAGUGUCCACCACGUGCAUUUCGACAACGCCCAGUACCCUGAUUACAGACCACCGGCACUGGGCCCCGAGCAGGAGGAGGAGCAGGUUCGGGGUGGUGGUUCUCAUCCACCACCCCGACCUAAUAACAGACCCACCAACGUGACAUCCCCAGGGCCUAAGAUAGAGACUCCAUCCAUAUUCCCAGCCCCUCCCCAAAGACAGCAGAGAGACCUGAGAGAUGUGUCAGAGACACCACCUGACAGAGUGACAUCAGAAUGAACUCACCCCUAUUGCCCUUUUAGAUGAAAUAUUACCAGGACUAUUUGAAAUGUGUUUAAAAAUAAGAAAUAAAAGGAUUUCUUGGAAAGAGAAGAAAAAUCGGACACAACCAAAUGCUGUUUUGUUUCCUCUGUGGACCCAUGGGCAAGGAUGGCAUGGUGGCAUAGUGACGUUCCUAUAGCUUUCCAUUUUCCUAUUUUUCCCCAUUUGAUUUAGAUUGUGAUUAAAUGGUUUUGUUUAUUCCUCAGGACACUGAUCCCUUAAUAACACACGGCAGAAUGGAGCAGCCAAGUUGGUGAUGUUUACACUGACUGAACUGAACUCACUUAACUAACCCUCCGAUUGCAGCUAACUUGACAGACAAGCUCAAGACUGUGUGUGUGUGUGUGUGUGUGUGUGUGUGUGUGUGUGUGUGUGUGUGUGUGUGUGUGUGUGUGUGUGUGUGUGUGUGUGUGUGUGUGUGUGUGUGUGUGUGUGUGUGUGUGUGUUCUAUCCUCUCGAGCACCACUAUGAUGAGUCCAGUAUGAGUGGCUGUAGUGAGGUGACCACUACACGAUCUGACUCCGAGGCUGUUUGGCCGGUCAUUAAAGAGAGAGAACAAGAGAGAGUGAGAGAGAGAGAGUGAGAGAGUGAGAGAGGGCUAAUGACAGUGUGAGAGGAGGUGCCUGCUUUGCUGCUCAUUAAAAAGAGUCUGUGCUUUUAAUGGGGGGUAUAAACGAGCGUGCGGUUUUAAGUCGUUCAAUUAUUGGGAGGAGAAGAAGAGGCCGUUUUCUGAUCCCUCUGAUCCGAGCGUAGUCCUCCUCCCACACCCACACCUCCAACCUCAAAUUAGACCCACUUACUGAAACCUCUUAGCAGGAAUAAAGUGGUCGGACUUUUUAGUUCAAGUUGCCCGUAGUCUCUUUCCUACUUGAGUAAGAGUACACUCCUAAAAGCUAGUCCUCACAACAGUAGCUUUUUUUUUGGGGGGUUGAGAGGUCAGGCGUCUAGAGCUUUCAGGGAGCGUUGUUGGAGACAGUGUUUUGUUUCUGAUGGCUGCGGAGCCGUCGCAGGGUUGGUGUGUGUGUGUGCGGCUUGUGUGUGUGCGUGUGUGUGUUUUGCCCCUCCUUGAUUACCUCUGUGUAUUAGAAUCCCUUUAGACGCUUUGCAUACUACCUCCUUUGCAAUAAAAGCUUGUUUUGGUUUUUGUACAGCCAGGUAUGAAGUGAGGACCAAAGCCAUGCUUGUAUACUGUAUAUACGAUAUAAGGAGAGGCUUUACUGUAACCACACGUGUGAAGUUUUUCUCAAAGUUGCAUUCACCCUCAUAAAACGCCUCCUGGAUUCAUAGCCAUGCCUAUGACUAUUGGAUUACCUGUUUGUUAGGGCAGACACCAAAAAACACACAUUUUGCAACGGAAAACAAAAAUGAGCAUUUCUGAUUGGACAAAUCCAGAAGUGCCCUCCCUGUUUCAGUCCACCUUCUUCCGUUGGGUGCCUAAUGAACACCACCCAGGUGAGGUGAAGCUCUAAUAAGUUAGUAAUUCUUGUUUUGGUGGGAUGGGAUGUCAACAUGUUUGUUCACAGACAAGCAGACUAUUGGUCAGACAGUCUUUUUGAGCAAACGUUGUAUACACGCAAGGCCACGUGCACUGUACAAGACACUGCAAAUGGCAAAGUGUGAGACCGAUAGAAGUGAAUAAUUAUCAGCUGUUUAGAAUUAAAACAAAACAUUUUUUUGGUGGAGAUUCAAAGAUAUGGAAUUAUUGUCAUGGGAUAUAAUACUGUCUACUUUGAGACCUCGGAAGUAGUUUUUACAUGAACACAAGGUGAAACCAUUUCUGUGUCAGUUACUUUAUAUGGUUGGUUGAAUAUGCAUACAACAGUGUGCUUGCGUAUACCUACACAUACUGUACGUGUAUAUUAAAGAUGAGAAUAGUCAAAUACUUGAAACGGAUAAUAUAGCCUAUCAAGUAGUGUCCUUAAUAAUUAGUGCCCUUAAAUACUGUUGUACAGAAUGACCCUUUAAGAUGAACUCCUAAAAUACACAUUUGUACUCCCAAGUGUGACUUAGCAGAUAUGAGCAGACCACGCGGGAGUGAGAGAGUGAGCAUUUGUGCGUGUGUGUGUGUGUGUGUGUAUGUAAAGUGUGUGUCUGUAUUAUAAUCGUACCGAACCCGUUACAGCGUUAGAUACCAAAUGGCAUUUCCGGUGCACUUAGUCUAGGUUACUGCUUUAACCCGUUAUAACUAUCUUCUGUCUUGUUCUAUUAUUAUAGACAUCCAUGAUUCAUUUAAUAUCAUUUGCUAUGUGUUUUUUUUGGGGGGCGUUUGUUUAUUUUAUUACACUGCUCAGUUCAGUUUUCGAAUGGAGAACGAUAGGCGCAUAAAUAUGUUUCAUAAAGAGCGUGUUUUUAGUCUCUCUCUUUGCUAAAAAAAAAGUAGAACUUCUUCAGUAGAUAGCCAUGGUUACCCUCCCAAAGAACGUGGUGGAAAUCAUUAUUUCUAUUUGGUUGGGGUUUUAACAAUGUCUCCAAGUUGUGUGUGUGUGUGUGUGUGUGUGUUGGCUUUUUAUUUGUAAUGAACUACAUUGUAAUUGGUCCGUAGAUGACAUUAUUUGGAAUGUAUUUGGUUGACAUCUGUAUUUAUUAGUUACAAUGAUCAGAGGAGAAGCAGACAGGAGACGUUUAAUUUGAUUAUUUUCAGAUGUGUUUUUAUACUUUGUUUUCACUGUCCCCGAUGUGAAAGCUCUACCUCGUCUGAGACCUUCUCGGUUCUGUUAAAGUUUUGUACAUCGUUGCAGAAAAUGUAAAGUCAUCAUGUCCACAUUAAAUACACAAAUAUGGCACCAUUCAA